UCCGAUUAAAAAUUUGAAACGUGCGAAAUCAGUUUUUGAUGGAUACUCGCUAUAUUUUUCAUAAUUAAAUCAAUUUGAACUUGUGAGAAGUUCCAAAAGACUGAAUCAUCUUAUUUUUCCUUUUUGUACUCUAAAUUAAUCUAAAAUCUAAUCGCAAUAUUUGACUGCUAUUUAAUAUAUCAAGAAACGAUGACUGAAAUGACUUGAACGAAAUGAAAAGGAAAAUUCCGAUUUAUAGUUUCAAUAAACGACGGAGUGUCAGAUCUGGAGCACCCUGUAGUUGAAAAGCAGCGGAAGGAAGAGCCGGAAGGAACGCCUUCGUGUGAUAUCGCUGCCGGCGCCGGCAGCGUAUAUCGGAGCACGCCCCCGAAACGAAACGCCAAAAAUACGUAGGUUUCAAAUGGCUGUCGCGGGAGGAACUUCCUGAGGGGAGAAUCGAAACGGAAACACUUGCACGGCAGCAAACAACGCAGCAGUAACGUGGCAUAUGUUGAGUGUCGGUUGACGCGCGACAACGAGAACGAUAAAGGAAUGGGAAUCGACGGUAUGAGAGUCGGUGGUGGCAGAUGCCCACCCCUCCUAGUUGGAGGACUGCUGCUGGCGUGCCUCAUGCUCAUCUGCAACUGGUGGACCCUGUCUUCCGAGAACCUGGAGCUCGUCAGGCAGAUCGACGACCUGAACGAACAGCUCAAGAUUAGUGCCGAAGAGAGGGAUCAGUGCGUAACGUUACGUGGUAACUUAGAACAAAGAUAUAAACACACGGAAGAUGAAUUGGCUUCGCUACAUGUUCGAUUGGAGCAACAAAUUGACCUUAAAAAGAAAAAUGAAGAACUCGAGGAUUCGGUAACCGUGUGCAAAAGCGAGCUAGACUCAUUGAACAAAUUGGAUGCCACUAGGACUGCAACAUUAGAAACGUUGAGAUUAGAAAAAGACACAAUUAAUACCCAAUUGGACGUGAAGCGGGAUGAAAACAAAAAGCUUCAAGAGGAAGUAGAUAAGUUGAAGGAAGACAUAGAGCGAGUUAAACUUAAUUGUAAUUCACCGCCUGACAAGAAAGAGACUCCCAUUCUUCUGCCACCAACGACGACGGUCAUUAACAAGUCUCAAUUGCCCCCGGUACCGGAGUCGGCUGUAAGAGUAUCCGUAGCUGGUCAGCGAGGUUUGAAGUUCCAUGGAAUUCCGAUCCUACCAACAGACCCACCCGGUGCUGUGCGCCAAACUCCUCGUUUCUCAGUGACCAUGUUGAAGAAAGUUGAAAUGGAAUCGAAACAAGUGAAUGGCACAUCGAUUGAUGCCGCGGAACAGGAUGUGCCAGCUGACGUUUUGGAAGAUCCUGAAAAUCGUGCACGUGAUAAUGAAGAUGACAUUCAAAGCACAGACGAUACUAUGAUACUUCUAGACAAUGAGGAAGAAGGAAAAGCACAGGACAUUACAAAAAAACCAGGAGAUAAAAAUAAAUAAUAGCAUACAAUGUAAUAUAAAAAUGAAUAUGGCAUUUAUUUUGUAAUAAUCUUCAGAUAACUAAUUAGGCUAAAGUUAGUUGCAGAGAAAUAUUAAGCAAUAUAUUUGUCUGCUUCAUCAUAGAUAUAUUAUAGAUAUAUUUUUCCAGUAUAUCAUGCAAGAUAUUCUGCUCAUUUAAUUGCAUUAUCUCAAUCGUUUGUGAUACAUAUAUAUAUUUUUUAUGCGUAUGUUAUUAUCUUAAGAGAAAUAGAAUUGUUUUUUACAUAUUAUUAAAGAGCUAGAACGUAAUGUCAAUACGUAACAAGAUAAGUUCUAAAUAAGUCGGUUCGGUACGCACAUAUACAUUAAUGAAUAUUAAGAGAAUCUUUAUUCAUAUAAUAAGCGAAUCCCGCAUUAUUGUAAUCGUUCAAAGAUCUGAGAAUGACAAAUAAUUGCAUCAACAAUUGUUUCAAAUAACAUGUCUACCAUAAUUUUUUAAUAAGCCAUUAUAAAGUGAUUAUUUUGCACAUCAUUUAAGACAACUGAUAAACUUAUAUUUAUUUAAUAAGAUGACAUUUUACAUAAUUGUACAAAAUAUAAAAUAGCGCAGCCAGAAAGACUUUAAUUGAAUAAAUAAUUAAGAUUUGUAUUUUAUCUUGUCAGUUUUAUUAUAAUCUUACAAGUAGACAGUUAAUAAUAAACUUUAAUAUAAACAUAUGUACACAAAGUAUUACAUUCGCGUUGAUAGAGGUAAGUAAUAAGCAGAUUCAUAUUUGUAAUAACGAAAUAUAUUCAGAUAUAAUACAAGUAUGAUUUUAAAAUUUUAUUUCUUCAAUAAUUAUUACUUACUGUAAAAUUAUUUUGUAUUAAUAGUAUACAAAAUAUUUUAGUUUUGUAUUAGAUCAAUGCUUUAGCCAGCAUAUGGAAUAUAUAUAUUUUAUAUCGCGAAAUUCUUACAAUUUUUAUAUAUGAUAUUUAUUUGUGCCAUCAAUCGAACUUGCUAUCUGUUAAAUAAAGAAAUUACAUCUAAAUUAGAGGUUUCUUUUUAAGUACACGUUAUUAAAAGUUUACGGAAUUCUUAUAACAAAUGUAUGUACAUGCGUAACAUCAAAUAAAAAUGUAAUAUG